CCAGCCCGGGUGGCCCUGCGCCGGCAGCAGGAGACGGAGCUGCGCCGGCAGCUGGCCAGGGGUCUGCUCCAGCUCGGGGACGGCUCUGCCGUGCGAGGGGAGCCGUGCGAGGGGAGCCGGCGGCAGAAGGCCGUGGGCGGAGAGGAGAAGGAGAACGUGGAGCCGGCCAGCGGGGAAGCAGGGAGCGAUGCCGCGGCGCCUGCUGCCCGCCAGAGGCACCCACUCGCCAAGAAGAACAGCUCCUGGGUGCCUCUCCCCCACUGGCCAAGCACGCCAGACCUGCCCUGGGCCUUUGGGGAAUACCAGCCAGCCCCAGCCCCUUGGUUCGUGCCACCUCUCCCCCUGCCACCGCCCCUCUGCUGCCAGGUGCUGCCUCACCUGCAAACUCACCCAGGUGCGUAG